CACGCCAGUACAUUUUGCACACCAAUCUCAGGCGACUCACGGGACUGUCGCAGGCAAGUCUCGCCCCAAACCUACUCCUAGAUAAACAUGCAACCCGGGCGGUGCGCCUGAUCUUCCGUUUAUUUAUAGAGGAAUCCCCGGCGCUCAGCAGACGCAGCGACAAGUCCGCGGCACGCGCGACCCGCCGGAGAAAGAGGGAGGGAGGAGAUGAUGGGCGGCGCCGACACCCUCCUCCGUCAGGAGCCAUGGUUCGUCUCCCUGGCCGUCCUCGGCGCACUGUACACAGCAGCCGUGGUGCUCCGCCUCCUCUCACACCUCGCCCUCCUCCUGCGCCGGCCGAGGGACCUCCGCCGCCGCUACGGGGCGUGGGCCGUCGUGACCGGUCCGACGUCCGGCAUCGGCCAGUCCAUGGCCCUGGAGCUCGCGCGCUUGGGCCUCAACCUCGUCCUCGUCGGCCGCGACCCCGCCAAGCUCCAGGACAUCUCCGAGACCAUCUCCAAGACUCGCUCCGUGCAGACAAAGACGGUCGUCUUUGACCUCGCGCUCGUCGCCACCCCUCGAGGGGACGAGGCGGUGCGGCGGCUCCGGGAGGCCGUGGAGGGGCUGGACGUGGGGGUGCUGGUGAACAACGCCGGGGUGGCCAAGCCAUGCGCGCUGUACCUACACGAGGUGGACGUGGAGGCGUGGGUGCGGAUGAUGCGGGUGAACCUGUGUGCGCUGACGGAGGUGACGGCCGCGGUGCUGCCGGGGAUGGUGCAGCGGGGCAGGGGCGCCGUCGUCAACAUCGGCUCCGGGUCGUCGGAGGCCAUCCCUUCCUUCCCCCUCUACACCAUCUACGCCGCUUCCAAACGGUACGUUGCUCAGUUCUCCCGGAGCCUCUACGUGGAGUACAGAAGCAAAGGGAUCGAUGUGCAAUGCCAGGCCCCGCUGUUGGUGCAGACGAAGAUGACGUCGGUAGUCGCGGGGUCCGGCAAGCGGGGCCGAGGCUUGCUGCAGCGGCUGCUCGUGCCGACGUCGGAGGAGUACGCGCGCGCGGCGACGCGCUGGAUCGGGCACGGCCCGCUCUGCAUGCCCAAUCUGGGACACCGACUGCAGUGGCGCCUCUGCCGCGUCGUGCCAGGCCGGCUCCUCGACGCACAGCGCCUGCGCGAGAACCUGCGGCAGAGGGCCGUCUUCCAGCGGCUCCGGUCGCCGAGGGCGUCGUCCCAUGCCAACGGCGGCGAGCAGAGCUAGCUUGGCCCAGGCCGCGCGCGUGCAUACUUUGUGUCGGUGCAUACUUUGUGGUGUGGUACUACUGUGUAUGAUUUGACAUGCAUCUGUGAACCGUGGUUCGGUUUAAGUCGCCGUUGAUGCACGCGCAGCUGAUGCCUACAUUUCUGUUGGCUGCAUUUUCCUUUAGUUAAACCGUUCCUGGCCGAAUGCGUCAAUACGAAGCAAAUGGAGUUCAACGGGGGAACAAAAUAAUAAACAGAUUUCUUGAAAAAGGAUGUGGUAGCUAUAAUAAUACCAGGGAUCCAAAAAUUAGUCCAUCUAUUGAAGGCCAGACAAGGGUUUUCACUUCUGAAAACAAACCACCGUCUCUUAAGGCAACACUUUUUUUUCCUCUCCGAGAUGACUAACCGGUUGAAAGGCAUCCUCAACUAAAUCUGCUUUUGUUCCUCGACGUAUAAUUACGGACAAUCUCUAUUCCUAAUAUAGGACUUGGUAGUUUUGCCUUCUUCUGAUUUAUUUUCGUUCCUACUCCCACCUCCCAGGUAUCCCCUCGCACGGAAGAAAACCAACCCACGUUACGAAGGAGUGAUGCCUCGACGUACUACCCUCGCAAGAAAAAUCCAACGAAAAAAAUCGCUCCCUCGUAGUGCCAACGAGCGAAGCCUGCAGGGUACCCUCGAGCGACGCCACACCAUAUCCCAUCGCCGCCGCCCUCGCACUCGCAUCCCUCCGCCGCCGCCCUCGCACAUCAAGCCGCCGCAGACCCAUCCAUUUGCCGCCGUCCUCGCACAUGAAGCCGCCGCCGAUCCCUGCGCUACCUGAACGGGAGCCAUCGAUCGUCUCGCUACAACUUGAAGCUGCAACUUGGGCGGUGCCAUGGCUCCUUGUGCAGAGAAAACAAGAUGAGGGGGAGGUCAGGGAGGAGCAGCAGGAGGAGUGAAGGAAAAGAAGGCGGCGGAGAAGGCCCUGCUCGCCGGAGAGCUCGAUCGGCGGCGACGAACUCCGAGCCGCAUGUUCUGGCGACGGAGGGCUGGAACCGGUCGAUGGGGAGACUUGUAGGCGCGCGGCGGCGGCGGUUUGGGACGGCGGCGAAGCUGCAACUCGGACGGCGCCAUGGCUUCCUAUGCAGAGAAAACGAGACGAGGGGGAGGUCAGGGAGGAGCAGCAGGAGGAAUGAAGAAAAAAAAAGGCGACGGAGAAGGCCCUGCUCGCCGGAGAGCUCGACUGGCGCCGACGCUUGCUGUAGCGGGAGUAUGCUCGGGCGUACCGGCAUGAGAGCUGCAAUUGGUGGGAAUUGGCUGCGGGCAUAGGAACCGUGGAUUGAUCCCACGUACACACAGGUACUAUAAUUUUUCCCCUAUGCUUCUUCUAGAUUUCGUUUUGAGCUGAUGGGUCCGAGAUGUGGCAGCACUUCUCGGCUCUACGAAAUCCAUGGCUCAAGUGCGUGUCACGAGGUCCCAGCCUCCAUCACUUCUUCAGUUCCGCCUUUCUUCAAGAACAAAAAAAAUAUGUGUGGAAGACCACUAGCAGAACUGAAUGUUGUAUGCACCUUCAUCUUGCAGUCGAAUUACUUGGAUUAUUUGGGACAAAUUCCUUUCUUUUUAACCGUACUGCAGUUAUAUAGCAGGAUAAGGAUACAUGCUUGUACUGCCUCUAUCAUAAAUUGCACAUGAGUUGAUUCCGAGUUUAGACAACUAGGAAUCAAUCGCUCUGAAGGUAUUGCUCUUUUAUUUUAUUUCAGAUCAUGAGGAAAUGGGUUCAGAUAUGUGACUACUCUAUGCUGUACUAACUACUCUAUGUUGUACUGACUAAUCUUAGAAUUAUAUUUGGUUCAGGAUUAGUUCAUCUGUUAAUUCUCAGAGCACUUUUGGAUCAGAAAUAAACACGCUAUUCACCUUCA